AAAUAAUCGUCAUGACUUUCAAUAGACAUUCAGGGAUAAGUGUCAUUUUAUUGAAAACUAGGAAUCAAUACAUACUUAUUUUCCAAUAAGAAAUAUGGAAUGUUCUUCGUUUUUAAAUGCUUUCCUGUUGAUGCACACGUUCGUCGAUGCAUCUACCAAUGUUGGUUUAUUUGGAAGAAGGACAUCUCCAUCAAAUUUCAGUUUGGUAUGCUCCUACCCGGAGUAUGUCAAUAGAAUAUAUUUCCAUUUGAAAAGACAAACUGAUAAAAACUAUACAGCGCCUGUUAAUAUAGAACUUGACAAAAAAAGAUGCGUGAUGUACGUAUAUUUGUACAAAUUUUCUGAAUGCACAUGCAAGGAAUAUGGCGUGAUGCUUUGCCCUUCACGCGCUUAUAAUGACGGCGACCAAUGGAAAUGCUCCUUUCGAAUGGACGGAGCACACAUAUUCAGCAACGUCAUUGACAUGCACGAAAUGGACAACGAUUUGUUUUACUCAACCGGUAAUAUUACCAACACCAUGGUUUACAUACCCGAGCAUACUUCGGUGUUUUUGAACUGUUCACCAAAUCAAAACGAUAACGAAAUGCAUGGCAAUUUAGCAUUAGUUAUUGUUUCCAAACAACCGAAUAGCAAACAUGAACGAUACUUAUAUUCAAACUGUGCUACCGAUGGAUGUUUGUUCAAAACUGGACUUCUGCAAGAAGAUCAAGGAUCCAGUGCGUUCUGCAUUCGUGGUAGCCAAAUGCUUGCCCAAUUGAGUAUUUAUAUACUGCAUCCACCAAAAGUCAUGGACAUACCCGACAUGUACGUCAUUGAAACAGACGUGGUGAAUGUGAUAUGCGACGUCAUUCCUGGUUAUCCACCGGAAACGGAAAUUAUGUGGUUGAAGGGCGGUACAGAGAUUUCAAAUAGCCAGUUAUUAAUUGAGCGCGCAAAGAAACGCGAUGCAGGUGUUUAUACCUGCUUAGCAAAGAACAAAGCGUUUACAGGCAAGAUCACCUAUACUGGAACAGACAACACCACAUUCACCUUGCAUGUAAAAUCCCUGAUAUCGGUUGACCAAUCAUAUGUAGAACGAUUCGUUGACAAAACCAACGUAACAACGACGGAAAACGAGGAAACUGUGGUUAUUAACUGUAUCGCAAUAAUGCAUCACAUCACAGGCUCUCCAAUUCUAAAACUUAUGAAGGACGAUGUUGAAAUCCGUACUAGCGUUGUGAUCAACACAAUGAAUAUAUCGUCCAUUCGACAUGCUAAAGCAUCUGCGUCGUGUAAUGACAAUGGCAAAUACACCUGCGUGGCGUCAAGUGGAGAUGUAACGGAAAUAAAAGACUUGUUCUUGAACAUUCAGUGUCCUGAAAUAAAAGAAACAAAACAGAAUGAAAGCGACAUUGGCCACACUCGUGAACAAAUGCAUAUUCACGGUCCUGAAAUAAAAGAAACAAAACAGAUUGAAAGCGACAUUGGCCACACUCGUGAACAAAUGCAUAUUCACGGUUCUGAAAUAAAAGAAACAAAACAAAAUGCAAGCGACAUUGGCCACACUCGUGAACAAAUGCAUAUUCACGGCAACGCUUCUUCAAGCGCAGUAUGGCUACCCAUUAUGUGUUCGAUUGCAAGUCUUUUUGCUGCUAUGAUUUUGUACAUUAUGAAAACAAAACUACUACCAAGAUUGAGAAGGCAGCGUGCAAGUUUGAGGGUGAAGCUAAGAAGAAACGUCGAUGCAAUUGAUGAUCCAUCAAUACAUAACAUGUCAAGCUGUUAUGCGUCCGUUAAUAGUGGAGACAUGUACGAUAAUGUUUCCAUACAUGACAUAGAAACAUAUGCUGUUGAUGUUGUUAACAGUGAUGAAUCACUUGCAAAUACGAGUAUAAUCGCGUCGACAGUCUGUAGAUCAUCACAUUAUUUAACAGCAAUAAGCGAACAUGUGCGCGGACGUUCACAUACUAUUUAGAUGAUAGGCAACUUUAAUUUCGUUACAUUGUCGUUCUAGCUCUUGACCGAUAAAGCGUCUCCCGAUCGAGUGGUGCACACAUAUCCAGGCGAACUCAAGAUCAACACAAGAUAGAAUUCAGCAGCAUUCAUCGAUAAAUUGCGAACAUCGUUUUUAAAUGGACAGCUGGCUGAGUGAAUUACAUAACGGAUGACAAUAUAAAGUGAAUUUGAAAUGAAGUCUUACACUGACAGAAUUUUACAUGCAUUAAUUUCAUUCACAGUUUUAAAAAUUAAUUAUUAAAAUAUUAACGUUGGCAUAAUAAACUUAUAAUUCAACAAUUAACUCAAAGAAGAAUGUCAUACGACUCAUUUAUAGUAUUACAGCUAAACGUUAACACUUUUCGCCCGGAAAUCAAAUGGAGUAAUGUGCAUGUAUGGGUUUAUUUCGUUUAAUGAUUUGUGUAAUGAUGUGGGUACUAAAAUUCAGGCCUACACAAUUGAAUUAGAAAACAAUUUCAAAUUCGUUCCGCCAAUCGUAUUGUAUAUAAAUUGUAGAAGCAGUAUUCUUAUACAUACAGGAGAAUUUGAAUUAAAGGAUUGUCUGACAAAAGAUUUAUCAAAUAUUUGCGUGAAAUACUGUGUAGAUAUAUGUUUUUUCCAAAUGACGUUAGUUAUCAUUUAUGACAAUUAUUCUAUUGUAAAACGGAAUAUAAUACUUUUAAAAUGUAAACGAUGUAUAAAUUGAAUACAUUUGUAUUUCAUGUAAUUAUAUUCAUAUUGCUUUUUUUAAAUAUUGGCAGAUUAAAUAAUGUACAAUGAUAACGUUUUUAGCAGUGAAUACAUAUUGUAUAGUUUUGUUCGUAUAUAAUGUUAUUGUUAAUGAUGGCUAUUAAAAUAUUGUUACUAGUAUACAUAGUAUUAUUUAUGUCUUUAGCUAUUUAUUUAUGUAUGUAUGAACUUAUUUAUUUAUUUAUUUGUGUGCUUGUUUGUUAAUGAAUUUAUUAUUAAUAUGGAGACAAUGCAUUAACGGUCAUGAAAUUCUACCAAUCGCUUUUUAUAAUUUUAUAAGACAUCACAAUACACUUGUAAAAUGUCGUAUUUUUGUGGUUUGUUUUUCCGGAUAUUUCUACAAUCCAAUCUGCCGUAACAUCUUUUAAAUCUGCAUAAAUACUCAAAGUAAACGAAUAUUUCGUAAAAUAUUUUGUAAAAUAAA